AUGAAAAAUAUGUUAAUUUUAUUGGUUAUCUUGCUAGCAUUUGAAUGCAUAGAAUCCUAUGAAUGGGGAUAUCCAAAUUAUGGUGCUGGUUAUUACGGUAGACGCGGUUCCUACGGACUACACAAUGGAUACGGACCUUACGGUAGUGGAUGGUCAGCGCCGUUGGGUGGUAGAAUUGGUACACCGCAUGGUUCAUUUGGACUUACACUUACGGGAUAG